CAGAGCACAGCUCGCAUGCUCGCGCUGCCUCGAAAACUUCGGGCUCUCUGGAGCAGGAUACCCAAAAUGGAGCUCAACUUUACCGCUCACUCCAAACUCCUACUUUAGUGGAAACUUUUUUCCUGGAUGUGUUUUUUUGUUUUGUUUUGUUUUGUUUUUCUGUCUCAUGUGUGUAAAGUGGAGAACUGCGUGCCGCUGGAGUGAGGUGAACACUUUAGUUCACGCGCCUGGACUCUCCAUCUGCAUGCGCGUGUCCAGCAGGAGAAAAAGAGGCUCUUUAUUGGAAAUUCUCAAACCCCUGGGCAGAAAGUUUAAAGGCCACACAUACUGAUGAGCUCGAGAAUCUGAAAGGGUCCUACAGGACUAGUGGAAGUGCUGGCCCCAAUGCCAGUGGUCAUGCAGCCUCACCACAGGCUGUAUCACUACAACAACACCAGCCAACCAAGCAAAGGUCUGGCGCCAUCAAUUAAAUCACCCUACAGUGAGGUGUCUCCUGUGUGUGGGGCUCCUUGUGGUCAACCUCCACAAAGCAGAGCAAUGUACAACCCAUCCUUCAACCCUGGAAACUGCAUGGAUCCUUACAUGCGACCUCCGCAAGGACCCCCACCACAUGGCAUGAUGGGACACCGUGGCAUGCCCCCACCUGAGGGAGGUAAUGCUACUCCCUACUGCAACCAGAGUAACACAAUGUCAGUGCAUCAUGGCUUUCAUCACAACCAAUCAGGCCCAGAACACUAUGGUUCAGGAGAUGGUUCUCGUUUCUCCACCCCUCGUUCCAUAUUGAAGUUGAGCAAGAAGCGAGCACUGUCCAUCUCUCCUCUGUCUGAUACAAGUGUAGACUUGCAGACAGUCAUUCGCACAUCUCCAAACUCUCUGGUGGCAUUUGUUAACUCUCGCUGUGGGCAAAAUGCUGCUAGUUCCUAUGGACAUCUAUCUGUGGGAGCUUUGAGUCCAUCAAUGUGUUACUCAAGCUCAGCAAACUACCAGUCCAGGCCUCAAGGGAACAUGUAUGGACCUCCACUUGGACACACCCCAGCUCCCUGCCAUGGACCCCCAACUCGUCUGCCUCCUCACAACCCCCGUCUGCAUGCACCUCCAAAACAUGGACAUCUGAAAACAGAACCCAUCAUAGGUAGUGUCAUGGAUGGCAUUAAUGUGAAGAGUUUAGAAGAGCAUUCAGAAGGAGAUGUGGCCAGUCCAUCUUCCACUGGAACUCAGGAUCCUCUUCUUGGGCUUCUGGAAGGCAGAGAUGAUUUAGACAAAGAGGAGAAACCAGAGCCUGAGGCCAUCUAUGAGACCAACUGCCACUGGGAGAGCUGCAGCAAGGAGUUUGACACCCAGGAACAACUUGUGCAUCACAUCAAUAAUGAGCAUAUUCAUGGUGAGAAGAAAGAAUUUGUGUGCCACUGGAAGGACUGCUCCCGUGAGCAGAGACCAUUUAAGGCUCAAUAUAUGCUGGUGGUGCAUAUGCGUAGACACACUGGCGAGAAACCUCACAAGUGCACUUUUGAGGGAUGCAACAAAGCAUACUCUCGUCUGGAGAACCUGAAAACGCACCUGCGCUCACACACUGGUGAGAAACCAUAUGUAUGUGAGCAUGAGGGGUGUAACAAGGCCUUCUCUAAUGCCUCAGAUCGUGCAAAGCACCAGAAUAGAACACACUCAAACGAGAAACCCUAUGUGUGCAAGAUCCCUGGAUGUACAAAGCGUUACACAGACCCAAGCUCCCUGCGCAAGCAUGUAAAAACAGUUCAUGGACCAGAGGCACACAUCACUAAAAAACACCGUGGUGACACUGGACCACGACCACCAGGUUCUGCUCUGACCUCUGCAGGUCAAAGUUCAGAGCUGAUGGUAGAAAAAGAGGAAAGGACCAGAGAGGACUGCAAACUUCUGGCUCCUGAAAAUACACAAAAGUCUCAGCCAAGCCCUGGAGGCCAGUCAUCAUGCAGUAGUGAACGUUCUCCAUUAGGGAGUGCAAACAACAAUGACAGUGGUGUGGAGAUGAACCUGAAUGCAGCAGGUAGUCUGGAAGACCUGACAGCAGGGGAAGAGGGAGGGGGCCCCGGUGUGGCUGAGUCUAAUGGAGGAGUCAUUUCUGGGGUUAUGGGUAUGUCUGCACAGGCUCUGAAGAGGCUGGAGAACUUGAAGAUUGAUAAACUAAAGCAGAUCCGCAGGCAGACCCCACCAGGAAGGGGUACAUUAAAUAAAUUACCAGCACUUUCAGCAUCAGGUGAGAUGAUUGGCAUGUGUGGCCCCUCCCCUUUGCUUUCUAAUCGUCGUGUGAUGGAGCUCUCUACCCCAGACCUGGGUGGAGGUGGUAUGGGUGGAAUUGGCAGAAUGGUUAUGCCUUGCCCACCUAGUGAUCGCCGCGGAAGUGGUACCAGUAGUUUAAGUUCCGCCUACACUGUGAGCCGCCGUUCUUCUGUAGUUUCCCCCUACCUAUCUAGUCGACGCUCAAGUGAAGUAUCUCAGCUGGGCUCAAGUGGGCAUUGCCAAUCUGUCAUUGGAAAUGAUGUUGGUGGGGACCCAUUAUCACCCGAGUCCAGCCACAGAACUGGUUUGUGCCAGAGCACCAGUGGAUUACCAGGUUUACCGAGUCUUACUCCUGCAGAACAAUAUAGUUUAAAAGCUAAAUACGCAGCAGCAACUGGUGGACCACCACCAACACCUUUGCCGAAUAUGGAGCCGCCUGGUGCCACCAGUAGACGUAGUGGUUUCUUGAGUGAGUAUGAUGGUCAGCCACUCCCACCAUUCCUACACCAAGUGGGCACCAGGAGACACAGUGCCAACACCGAGUAUGGAACAGGGGUCAUUUACCCACACCAGGCUCCUGGCAACAACAUGCGGCGUGCCAGUGAUCCUGUACGCUCUGGAGCUGACCCCCAAGGCCUACCCAAAGUGCAGCGGUUUAACAGCUUGAGUAACAUGACACUGAUGGGUCGUCGUAAUGCCUUGCAGCAUUGUGGGUCUGAUGCCAACAACACUAGACACAUGUAUUCACCAAGACCACCAAGUAUUACUGAGAAUGUGAUGAUGGAGGCCAUGGCAAUGGAACCUCAGAGAAAUACAACAGAUGGCCGGGAUAAUGGAAGUAUAAUGCAAGGUACAGACAGGGCCUACAUGGGCUACCAGCAAUCACAGUCCCAUCCUCAUACUAGUGACCAGCUUUCUCCUGGAAAUGAAGGCAUGGGAUGCUUGGAACCUUCCUACCAGUCACAGAUGCAGAGGCAGUAUCAAGGUCAACGUGGGCGUAUAGGUGUUGGGGAAACUAUGGUUCAGAAUGAGAUUUCAAACACUCUACUACAGCAAGCUGAGUACAGUAUGAGCACCUGUCAGCUCAGUCCCUCUGGGCCACACUACCCUGGACUUGGGCAGACUAGUGAAGGAACAGGGCCCUGGGGACAAAAUGGCCAGCUCCACAGUUCUCACGUGGGUAUGCAAACAGCUAUGCAGUUCCAAGAUACAGGAAUGCAGGGACAACAGUAUGCUCAAGGUCUGUACGGUUCUAACACUGAUCCUAACCAUCAGAGAGUCACUAUCAAACCAGAGCAGUUCCAUCCACCAAUGGGUGGUUCCAAUGCCUGCCAAAAUGCCAAGGCUCAGCAGCAUCGCCAGGCUAGCACUAUGGACGUAUGUCAGCAAGGGUACCCACCACAAACAAAAGAGCAUGGUUUAAUCAGCAAAUCUUUAACCACCAGCUGUGACUUUGUCCAUGGUCAGAUUAAGAACCAAACUGAUCAUCAACAGCAAAGCCAGGCUGGAACAUUCCUCCAUGGGGGAAGCUUGAGUCUUGGCUGUGCUGGUUCUGUAUUGGCUGAGGACCUGAGAUCCCAGACUCCAAUGCUGCAGGUGAAGGAGAUGAUGGUACGAAACUAUGUGCAAUCACAACAGGCACUCCUUUGGGAGCAGCAACAAGAGCAACAAACAGCAAAUGGUAGUCUCCCUCAGAAACCAGAAAGCAUGGAGAUGGGAGAACAGCCUGCAAUCAUGCAGCAUAGCCCUCAGGAUCAGCAAAUUAAUCAAAACAUCUACCAUAACAAUUACCAGGGAUACUCAAAUCAGAAUGUUAUGAGUCCCUCAGGUCAAAUAUCCAGCUCAGUGCCAGUCAAGGAACAGUUGACUGGCAUGCAGGAUUCCUCUUAUAGCCAUGACACGGUGCCACGUCCACCUCCGAGUCGAAAGACUCUGAGUCGCCAGAACAGUCUUUCCCAGCAGGCAAAUGGAGCAUACCUAAGCAGCCCACCCAACUUAAGUCCUGCACUUUCGACUGCUAGUCCAAGGAGAAAUGUCAGGUUACCACCUGUACAUCCACAGCAGCAACACUCUGAUAAUUUCUAUUACUUAGGACAGAUCCACAUGCACCACAAUAUGGAUAAGUCACUGGAACCCCAUGAUGGAUCAUGCCGAACCCAGCAACAACUUGCGGGAAUAGAGCCCUCAACAAAGGCUGCUUCAGUGGCAUAUCCUCAGUCAACAUCUAUGUCAAAUACGCUUGAUAACCUGGACUUGGAGAAUGCUCAGAUUGACUUUGCUUCUAUCAUUGAGGAUCCAGAUGCUUCUUCUUACAGCCCAGUAAAUCCAGUUCUGGGCCAUCAUUCAUCCUCCCAGACCUCCUCCCGUCUUACUACUCCACAAAACUCCAUAACACUUCCCUCCAAUCUAUCUAACAUGGCCAUUGGAGAUAUGACCUCCAUGCUGACAUCCCUUGCUGGGGAGAACAAGUAUUUGAACACAUUGACUUAAAUAACAGCUUUUCAUGCUUCAGAGAGUUGUAAGAUAUAGACUCAUAACCAAUAAUCAUUUUGGUUAUAUCAGCAUCCAGUGGACUAAUUAGACUCCUGAUAAAUGCAUUAAAAUAGUGGUUGCUGUGGAGCGUCCUACACUCUUAUUAGACAGACCAGGUUCUACAGAGAGGUGAUCCUGCUUCUCUAUUUUCAUUUGUUUGUUUUUUAUUUGUUUAGUAAAUGUUGCCUUGGGUUUCAUUAUCCAGACUAAAAUGGUAUUUCAGGUGCCAUGCUGGGAGGGUUAGUAAUAAAACACUUUGUUUCAUGUAAAUACAGUUUACCUUUAUUUUAGCAAUGGAGUUGAAAAUUGAGAAAAUAAUCGAAGAAAAACAACUGUCUUCCGUAUUUGAAAACUUUUGGAGAAUAGGACUAUUUAGAGAGUGCACAUUUCCUUUCUGAUAUACUAGACAAGCGCAGUUAUAAUAAAUGGUAGCACACAUCUAAAGUGCCUUCGCCUAUGGUGGCAAAUGACUCUACAUGUGCAUUAAAGAUAUCAUUUUAAUGAGUAACAGGCAGGCAGGUCAAAGUACAAACCCAUAAUGACCAGUCAUAGUGUAUAUGUGCAGUGCAGUAUUCAAAGCCUUAUCAGUAGUUAUUUUUGGUUAUUAUUCUUAUUCAAGUGAAUGUCUCAAAAUAGAAUCCCUAUGAACGAAGCCAGUGGAAUCCAUUUGAUUUAAAUGAACUAUCCUGUUUGUUUUUUUGUUUAUUCAUCUUCAGACAGGUGUCUUUAGUCAAGUGGCACUGAUUAUCAAUUUUAAAUGGUACCCUCCUUUAAAAAAAGUCCUGGAUGCACUAAUCCGAUUUGUUCUGCCUACAAAAUUGUUUUCAAUUUGAAACUAUUAUUCAAUUUGAAACUAUUAUUUCUAAAAGAACAAACAGACCAGUCACCUAAUAGAUUUGUAUAUUUGUAGUUUUUCCAGGCCUUAAAUUUCACCACAUCAUGUAAACAUAAUAUUGCACUGACAACAGCACUGAGCUGAAUUUUUCUGUUUUGGGUCUUAGUAUAGUAUAGUAUAUGAUAUGACAAAAUAAAGGACCUAAUGUCUUUUGUUUCAGCACAUUCAUGCAAUGCCUCACAAUGGUGUGAAGGACUCAUUUAAGUAUUGAAAACAAGCAUAUCCCUGUGCUUCACUACAGCUGUUCAUGACAUACCAAAGAUGAUUAGCACUGGGAAGAGUGCAUGUGCACCCUUCAAUAUCAAUGUUACUAAAGUCAUGCUGCCAUGCCUCUAUAGUGGUGCGAUAUAGAAUGUAAUUUUUCUAACAUUCUUUUUUUUUUUAAGAACAAAAAUAGUUUUGUGGACUUUACAUCUCUCUCUGUGUUUUUCUCAUUUUUUUUUCCUUUUUAUUUUUGCUGGCAAAAGAGAAUUUAAUGUAGCAUUGCAAAUUCAUGCUAUUAGCAGUUAUUACAUCUAUAUACAGGAAAUCAUGUGAUAUAUUUUUUUCGUACCAUUUUCUACAUUUUGAUACAAAGUAAAGGUACUAUAUACUGUUUAUUAAUAAACAUGGCCUGCGACGGAGGCCUGUGAUGGAACAUA